UCAUAUGCAUGUAAUUGUGUAUACUCGUAUAUAGAAUAUAGCUCUUCAUUAUUGAAAAAUUUUAUUUUGCAAUGAAAAUUACUAACGUGACAAAAGAUAUUGCAUUUAAAUGUAUUUUUUUGCUUUUGGUUAUAUGUACUUGUGAAACUGACUCAGAUGACAAAAAUAUAAACAAACUUCUUAAUAAUCAAGUUAUUGUGAGCAGACAAAUCAUGUGUGUUUUGGAAAAAAGCCCUUGUGACCAACUUGGUAGGCAGUUGAAAGCUGCUCUCCCGGAAGUUAUUUUACGAAACUGUCGUAAUUGUUCGCCACAACAAGCUCAAAAUGCUCAAAAAUUAACAAAUUUUUUACAAGCUAGAUAUCCAGAUGUUUGGGCAAUGCUUCUAAAGAAAUAUCAAAAUAUAUAA